AUGUUCCGUUGGUCUCUAACCGCCAUUCGAUUGGCUAUGAGCAGCUAUGAGCAGCUUCUCAAUGUCGAGGCUACUACUCGAUCGCGCAGUGUACGAUUCUCUAAAAGCAACAACUUUGAGGUUAUCGAGAAAAUUCGGGCUGAAGUAAACACCGUCACCAACGGUAAUCGUUCAGUUUCAUUAUCGGACAAGGAGCACACCCCCUAUCUGAACUGGGCUGUAUUGGACCCAGCCGGCAACCGUUUUUGUCCAGUCCUCGCGGCAUUAACGAUCUUCAUCCGCGAACAGGAUGCAAAGGAAGACGAGCUGCUUUAUGAUGUUUUCGAUCUUUGGAUUGCUGGUCACGAAACAACUGCACUUACUCUAAUGUGGGGAUUCAUGCACCUAAUGAAAAAUCCUGAUGUGAGAAAUUUUUACGAAGAGACUGAUUAG